AUGGCAGAUCGAUAUGAAGAAAAAGGUGAUAAUGAAAUAGGAAAUGACAUGGCCGCCAUAAAGGCCAAAAGAGCUAAAAAUGCUGCAGCAGUAAAGAAAAGAAUCAUGAAAAGAUUGAAGGAUACCAAAUUGAUAAACAAAAAAAAACGUACUGAAUUAAGAGCAAGGACAUUGAAAUAUGAAAAAGAAUAUGCUGAAGAAAGAAGGAAAAUAACAGAGUUGAAAAGAGAAGCUAGAAAAAAUAAUUGCUUUUAUAGAGAAGCUGAAAAGAAAGUAGUUUUUGUAAUAAGAUUAAAGGGUGUUAAUAAAUUACCACCAAAAGUAAAAAGUGUAUUCCGCUUAUUAAGAUUAUUACAAGUACAUAAUGGAGUAUUUGUUAAAGUAAAUAAAGCUACAAAAGAAAUGCUAAAAAUUGUUGAACCAUAUGUCACAUAUGGAUAUCCAUCAUUAUCCACUGUUAGAAACUUAAUAUAUAAAAGAGGAUAUAUAAAGGAUGGAAAAGUACGUAGAUAUUCUAGAAAAAAAAUCCAAAACAAUGAAGAUAUUUCAAAACAUUUAGGUAAAUAUAAUGUACAUGGUAUUGAAGAUAUGGUUUACCAAAUAUAUACUUGUGGCUCUGUUUUUAAAAAAGUAAAUAAUUUCUUAUGGGCAUUUAAACUAAAACCACCCAAGAAAGGAUUCAAAGCAAAACGACAUGGAUUUAAUGAACCAAGACCUGGAGAUUGGGGAAACAGAGAAGAACAUAUUAAUGAGUUGGUUAGUAGAAUGAUUUAA